UAGAAGACGUACGAUCCAAUCAUGGCGUAAUUUUGUUACGCGUUUGAAACAUAUGUGCUUAAAAAUUAUUUGAUUUCGAUGAGUACCGAGUGUUCAGAGUUUAUUUGAGUGUCAUAGUGUGUUAAAUUUGUUUGGUGUUUAUGAUGUUUGUUCCAUUUGUGUCGUUUCUUGCCAGAAUAACGCUGUGUUUCAUCUGUGUGCCAGGCCUACUCCAUUCAAGCGAAUGUAGUGCUGUAAUUGUAGAUGGAGAAUAUCUAAAUAUAUCUCUCGCAAAUUACAAUGUCACAUUUGAAGCAGGGCGUGUGAUUAAGGAUACAAAAGAGCUUCUUCCAUUUUCCACAAUAAAUUUAAAUGUUAUUAAAAUUCCAGAGACUGUACGAUUCAUAAUAGUGCAGGCUCAUGCAUUCCUAUACAAUAUAACAUUGUCAUAUAAUGCUGUCCUGAAUCCCCACUCAUUUAUAAAUGGUACAAACUUGGGGUUGGUACAAUUAAUUGAUAGAAACCAAAGUACUGCAGAAUUCUACAUCCAAAAUCCAAACCCUAUCCCCAAUGUUUCAGUUCUAAUAACUGUACAAGGUUAUGGGGAAGAAGAUCCAAUUCCAGGUGGGUGUAAUAUGGAGUUCUCAGUUGAAAUUGCUCCAUACUUGAUCACAUCCUUCACUGAGUCUGUGAUCAUUGUGGAUAGUCAACCGGCUUCAGCUCCUGUGCCUCGUGACAGAGCCCCAGUUGUCUGUGAAUCUCAACAAGUACAUCACGAGAUGUACCACAUGUUUUUAACAGAAAGAGACUUUACAUGCGACUCUUACUUUGGUGCCCUCUUGAAGAUGAUGACUGUACAGGACGUACAGUCAAAUGGCAAGAAGGUUUCAGAACCUGUGGAAGGUUCUCAGAUGAGACGAAUUUACAGCGCUUACCCUGGGACAGGUUCGGUAUACGCCGUUAUCGCAAGGAGUGGAAUAUCGGCCACGGCUUACGUGCCGUCUCUCACGUACGCGUGCAGUGCCCUCUAUUGGACAGACUCUUGCGAUGUCCUGAAUACCACAUUCUCCGGAGUGUUGUGCGCUGUGAUAUUUUUUCUUGGUCUAUUCGUUUCUCUCUUUGGACAUCAGUUUUUCAAGACAGAAAUUUUCUUGCUUGGUUUUCUGUCCGGAGGACUUAUUUCCUACAUUAUAUUGGCAGUCUUUUCAACUUAUAGCAGCUCAGUAAUUAUGGUCUUGUCAGUCUUACUGGGACUGUGUUUUGGUGCGCUGUGGCUCGGUUUCUGGUGGUGCUAUGGAAUUCCGGUGUGCUCGGUUCUCCUCGCCACUUUGACGCUCGGAUUUGUGGUUGCUGCAGUCGCUGCUUAUGGUUGGUUAGGGGACGUGGACGUAUUAAGAACCGAUUUCAACUUCUGGAUGGUGUUUGCUUGUAUUGUGUUGCUUGUUCCCGUGGUCUUUCUUUCGCUGAUACAGAAGGCAAACAUGAUUUCGUGCGCUGUGCUCGGAGCUUAUGCUGUUAUAAUCCCUAUCGAUCAUUACAUUGGAUCAAACUUGAAAUAUAUUAUCGUGAAUGUUGUCAGGAGGGCUACUGUGGGAGAUUUCAGGAUGGCAAUUGUUGAUCCUCCGUUUCAAGUGAAAGAUGCAGUACUGUGUGCAAUUUGGAUUGCACAUGCAAUAAUUGGUGUUGCAAUCCAGUGGUACAAACAGCGAGGAAAACCACCUUUUCCUCCUCCCCCGAACAUGAGGCUCAGGAUUCCGUUCAGACGAAGGAGGUUCGUGUGUGCUGCCACUGCGGCGACAGAGCGAACCCCUCUGCUUCCUGACGCAGGCAUACCGCCGGUUCGAAUCCCGUAUAUUACGACUUCAGACGGGAAUGACGAUGUAUUCGAAUCACCGGAACAUUCCUCUUCGAAUUUUUCUUUCUUCAAACGAUGGCAGCAGUCAGCAUAAAAUCUUUAACUGGCAUUAAAAAUGUAACAUGUUUUGUUAGAAUACAAUUAUAAUGUUUCGUGUUAAUUUUUUAUUACAUACAAUGAGGAUCUGUAAAUUCAUUGUAGGAAAUUGUAUGUGUUGUUGCAGCAGUGGGGAAAAAAAUGUUAACAGGUCUGUAAUUAUCCACAUUGUCCUUGAAAUGUGACUUCCAUGCUCCAAUUUUAUAUUGAGCAAUUCAAACAGGAAGCAGUUUGUCCCAAAGUCAGCCGCGCGUCUUAAAAUUAAGGAGUCAACUCGUGUUUCUGUUAUUGAUUGUUACUAAAUGUUUACGUGUCUUGUUUCAUGAACGUGCAUGUCCGUGUUCAGAACUCGUGUGGUCUUGUAUGUUUAGUUUGUCAUUUAUUUUUAUAGUUCUUUACUGUAUUUACGUAAGUCACUUUAACCUUUCCCGAUGUGUGUUUCAGUAUUAGCGUCCAAUCUCAAUGUGUGAUAUAUCAGAACAAUUUCCCCUCACAUGACCUAUGUUCGUAUUUUUUAAAUGUACAGUGAAAUAUGUAUUUCCUUAUAAAAUGCUUUAUUUUGAUGUAUUAUUUUGAUUGUAUAGCAGAGUGAAAAUAAAAUUAUUUAAUUAUGGC